AUGGCAAGAAAAGAAAAUGUUGAGUCCUUGGAUUUGCUUCUCCGAGAUCUGUGUGAUGAAGAUCUAUUGUUUGGUGGUAAACUAAUCGUCUUUGUUGGUGAUUUCCGGCAAGUCCUUCCUGUUAUGCCUCGCAAAACACAACGAGAAGCAGUUGCAGUCAGUUUGGUCAACUCUGUCCUUUGGCCUCGGCUGACAAGGUUCCGCCUAACAGAAAACAUACACGCCCGUGAAGAUCCAGCCUUCUCAGCUUUCUUACUCGCGUUGGGUAAUGGAGAGCUGCAAACCGUUGACAACAACCUUGUCUCCUUGCCAAAUGAGGUUGUCAGGCCUCUUGAGGAAGGCAAGGAUCCUAUCACAGACCUUACUGCCCUUACAUUUCCCGAGCUAGACAUUCAUGCCUUCGACGCAGAUAUCUUCACCACUAGGGCAAUUCUGACUCCAAUGAACACUGAUGUUGACUCUAUAAACACAUACCUUAUUCAAAAGUUCCCAAGCCAACCUAUUAUCUAUAAAAGCUUUGACACAAUGCUUGAUGACAAUUGUAAUGUCUAUCCUACAGAAUUUAUAAACACCCUCUGUCCAGGUGGGAUGAGCCCUCAUGAACUUGUGUUAAAGAAGGGUAGCCCAGUCAUUUUGCUCCGAAAUGUUCUCCCAUCUUCUGGUUUGUGUAAUGGUACAAGGUUAAUAUGUGAAGGGUUUUUCCCUAAUCUCAUCCAGUGUGUGAUCAUCACUGGCCAUCACAAAGGGAAGCAUGUUUUUAUUCCACGUGUUAACCUACGACCUGCUGCUUCUUCGAAGUAUCCAAUACUCUUUCAGAGGAAACAAUUCCCUUUAAAGCUGAGCUUUGCAAUGACAAUCAACAAGUCUCAAGGGCAAACAUGA